AUGGGUUCUGUCCUGGUUAGUUUUAUCUCGUGGGAGAUAUGGAAAGCAAGGUGCAAGUUUCUUUUUGAGGACAUUACAAUCGAUCCCAGAACUGUGGUGGAACAGGCUGCCUCAACAGCUGAGGAAUUUGAAGCGGUGAGGCGCCAUGCUAUCUCCACCAGAAAUGGGGCUGGUUUUUUCACCCAGCCCAUUGGUAUUUGGAAACCCCCUGUUAACAGUGCAAUUAAGAUCAACUUCGAUGAUGCUUGGAAAAACCAUGAGGCAGGAUUGGGUGUGGUGAUGAGAAAUCAGAACAAGGAUUUCUGCUAUGGUUUUGCUAGUAAACAUUGUUGUAAUAGUGCCUUGAAUUCAGAAAUUGAAGCAACUAUCGAGGCUCUAAGAUGCGCAAGACUGAGAGGCUACUGA